UUUUCAGACACUCAACUGGACGUGAGUGGGAUGGCAUCAGAUCACAACACUUCCUCCCAGGAAGAAUAUGUCCCACAUUAUCUCCAGAAGGGAGACCCUUUUGCAUCAAAGCUUUCUAGAGAAGCUGACAUCAUAGCUGGCUUUUAUUUGACAGUAAUUGGGAUCCUUUCAACCUUGGGAAAUGGGUAUGUUAUUUUUAUGUCCUCAAAGCGAAAAAAGAAGUUGAGACCUGCUGAGAUAAUGACUGUUAAUUUAGCAGUGUGUGAUCUGGGCAUUUCAGUUGUAGGCAAACCUUUCAGUAUCAUCUCCUUCUUCUGUCACCGCUGGAUGUUUGGAUGGAUAGGCUGCCGCUGGUAUGGAUGGGCUGGUUUCUUCUUUGGCUGUGGGAGUCUUAUUACCAUGACAGCUGUCAGCCUGGACAGGUACCUAAAAAUCUGCCACUUGUCCUAUGGUACCUGGCUGAAGAGACAUCAUGCAUUUGUCUGUCUGGCAAUAAUCUGGGCCUAUGCCAUGUUCUGGGCUACGGUGCCUUUUGCUGGGGUGGGGAGCUACGCCCCUGAGCCAUUUGGAACCUCCUGCACUCUGGACUGGUGGCUGGCACAGGCUUCGGUGGCUGGACAGGUUUUUGUUCUCAGCAUUCUUUUCUUCUGCCUCCUGCUCCCAACUGCGGUGAUUGUGUUUUCCUAUGUCAAAAUAAUUUUGAAAGUCAAAUCCUCCACCAAAGAAGUCGCUCACUACGAUACCAGGAUUCAGAACAGCCACAUACUCGAAAUGAAGCUGACCAAGGUGGCAAUGUUGAUCUGCGCAGGGUUCCUCAUUGCCUGGAUCCCCUACGCCGUCGUCUCAGUCUGGUCAGCCUUUGGACAGCCGGAUUCAGUUCCCAUUCAGUUUUCAGUGGUACCAACACUGCUUGCAAAGUCAGCAGCCAUGUACAACCCAAUUAUUUACCAGGUCAUAGAUUGUAAAUUUGCCUGUUGCCGGUCAGGAGAACUGAAAGCGAAGAACUCUUUGAAGAAAUCAAGGACAUACACCAUAUCUGCACACAGAGACUCGAUGGUGAUGAACGAAACCCAGCUGGAAGCGUGAAGGCUCAUUUCAAUACAGAAAAUGAAAACCUGAUGACAAACAACUCUACUGGCUCAAGCUCCUCUUUCUGUAAAUUAAUUAAAAC